GAUCCACAAUGAGAAACGAAACUGAAGAUAUUUUUUCAGUGAGCUGAGAGAAGAGAUAAGAGUGAAAAAAUGGCGAUUAGGGUAUGGAUUUCCUUAUUUCUCUGCGUUUACGCAUUGCUAGGAUCGCUUUCUUAUGCUUCUGAGAGCGAAGAGAAGGAGUACGUUGUGACACUGGAUCACUCCAAUUUCUCUGAUUUCGUCGGUAAACACAAAUUCAUCGUCGUCGAGUUCUAUGCCCCUUGGUGUGGUCAUUGCAAGAAACUUGCUCCUGAGUAUGAGAAAGCAGCACAAAUUUUAAGUCAGAAUGAUCCACCUGUUAUUCUGGCCAAAGUUGAUGCUAAUGAGGAGCAAAACAAGAUUCUUGCCAGUGAGUUUGAUAUAAAAGGUUUCCCUACAAUUAAGAUCUUGAGGUAUGGAGGAAGCGUUGUUCAAGAUUACAAAGGACCACGUGAGGCGGAUGGUAUCGUUUCUUACUUAAAGAAACAAAGUGGUCCUGCUUCUACUGAAAUUAAAUCUGCUGAUGAUGUUACUGAUGUCAAUAAGAUCAUUAUCGUUGGGGUCUUCCCAGAGUUCUUUGGCGAGAAAUAUGAGAAUUUCACAGCUCUGGCUGAGAGAUUGCGUUCUGAAUAUGAGUUUGCUCAUACUUUUGAUGCUAAACUCCUUCCUCGAGGGGAUUCAUCAGUUUCAGGCCCUGUUGUUAGGUUAUUCAAGCCUUUUGAUGAACUUUUUGUAGAUUUCCAGGAGUUCGAUGUGGAUACCUUAGCAAAGUUAGUUGAAGCAGCAAGCAUUCCAACUGUAACUCUAUUUAACAAGGACCCCAAUAACCAUCCUUUUGUUAUUAAAUUCUUCAACAGUCCAAAUGCCAAGGCCAUGCUGUUUGUAAACUUCAACAGUGACCUAAUUGAUACGUUUAAAUCCAAGUAUCAUGAAGUUGCUGAGCAGUACAAAGGCAAUGAUAUUAGUUUCUUAAUUGGUGAUGUUGAGGCCAGUCAAGGUGCCUUCCAGUACUUUGGACUCAAAGAAGAUCAAGUACCUCUAAUCAUCAUACAGACAAAUGAUGGGGAGAAAUAUCUCAAACCAAAUGUUGAGCCUGAUCAUGUUGCUUCAUGGGUUAAGGAUUUUAAGGACGGCAAGGUGAAACCUUUCAAAAAAUCAGAACCUAUCCCAGAGGUUAACAGCGAACCUGUUAAAGUUGUGGUUGCUGACACUCUCCAGGAUAUGGUUUUCAACUCUGCGAAGAAUGUACUCCUCGAGUUUUAUGCCCCUUGGUGCGGACACUGCAAG